AUGACGAGUGCAAGCAAAGAAGCCUUCUUCAACUCAUGCCUCAUGACGCUCCAGGACUGGCUCUUCUCUCUCCCCAGAGAGCUAAGAAUCCGACCAAGUGAUAGAAGUGAUGUUCUCAGCAGCUCGCCACAAGUAUUCAUCCUUCAUAUGGUGUAUCAUACAUCUCUCAUUCUUCUCGCAAAACCCUUUGUCCCAUCCAAGAUCCCUCAACGCCCAAGUAAUGUGCAGACAGAUGAGCCUUCGGAAUCAUUACAAAAUCUUGGUUUGCGGGCAUUGCAUAUCUGCCGCGAGGCUGCUACAGAAAUAUCCCAAAUCGGUGAUAUCUACCGGGAGGGGUUUGGAAGCUUUCGAUGUAGUCCAGUGACAGCCACGCAUUGUACUCUAACGGCCUGCCUUGUUAACUUGUAUCUGGUUGAUAAAGGGGAUCUUGGUAGGACGCAUCAUGUGAAUGCGCGGCUAGCAUCCUGCUUGUCGACACUGCGUGAGUUGGGAGACUCGUGGACACCUGCUCGGCGAUACUGGGAGACCCUGAAACGAACCAUUGGUGACGUAGAACAGGUGAAAAACGUCGUGAGCAGCAAGAAGGGCGGUGCAGCCAAUACCCGAUCGCUAAGAAGGCGAAGCAAAGAGCAUGAAUCGUUAUCCAGACUCGGCUCUAUUGGCGUUGGUACUUCAACAUCAGGAGAGCCCAUGAUCGAUGACGGAUUCGUCAAUGAUCAUGCCGAGAACCCCUAUUCUGCUGCUCUAUGGAGUUUGGAUCAGAAUGGAUCUUUCAUGGACCUUGGCAAGCUAGACCUUUCGGUCAUUGGCUCUCUUCCAUGGGACUACGCACUAGAAUCAUCAAGCAUGGAGUUUUGGUGA